CCGACUUCUGCAACGGCUUUACAGUUAAAACUACCGCGGGAUCCGUCCUGGCCGCUUUUUACUCUAAUGUUUUUGUAAAAAAUAAUUUGAAUUAAUCAGUGGAUGGCAGUGCAGUGUUGUGUUCUAGGAUUACAGACAUGAUUCGAUGAUAUACCAUAGGCGUUGGAAUGACCUGCUACGCUUCGUUCCACAGUCUGCCGCCAUAGAAAAUGAUUCCUUGCAUCUGGCCGACAACGUUUUUCUUCUUAAUAUGGUUGUGCAAUGACGUAACAUCGAAGAGGAAUCACACGCUGAAACCACGAGUUGUUUUGCCCGAGAACUAUGUUAAAGAAAUCCGGCCACCUUCUCGGAAAGGUCAACCAGUCGUCGUUGAAUUCAGUAUAUACGUUGUGGACGUCAACUCUAUUAACGUUGAAGAUAUGGACUUCAGAGUCGAUAUGUUUAUAAGACAAACCUGGCGUGAAACUAGAUUGCAGCUGCCAGAAGAUAUAUUCGAAGAAGGCGACGACCAUGUGACGUUGCCGCCAGAAUUCUUCGACAACCUCUGGCACCCCGAUCCUUACUUCCUUAAUUCUAAAGUAACAGGAGGAGCUUGCCACUUUUGUCACCAAUCAGCUGAAAUAGCCGAAUUGACGCACAAAUUCUCGUCGGUAACCUUAUACAGAAAUCAGACGGUGAGGUACGCGGCCAGAAUGCACGCAAUCAUCGCCUGCCAAAUGGAAUUUCAACUCUAUCCCAUGGACAUACAGUCCUGUCCGAUAUACAUCGAAAGUUUUUCGUACAGCAAUCAGAAGGUGAGAUUUAAAUGGAGCGACGCUGGUGUUACUAUUAAUCCUGAACUAAAGUUGCUGCAAUAUCACAUUGGUGAACCAUUACGGUUGGAAGAAACUAAUGGAUACAUGAUUGAUAAAGACGGAAACUACUCCAGAUUAGUGGUAUACUUCAGGUUCGAACGACAAAUUGGCCACCACCUGAUCCAAACCUUCGCACCAUCUUCUCUUGUUGUCAUGUUAUCCUGGUUCAGUUUCUGGCUGGACUUGGAUGCAAUUCCUGGUCGAGUCACCUUACUAGUUACAUGCAUGUUGACACUUGUGACUAUGUUCACCGGACUCAGAGCCGAUAUACCACCAGUUGCUUAUGUGAAGGCUCUUGACCUUUGGAUGGCAGGAUGCAUGAUGUUUGUCUUUGCCGCCCUAGGAGAGUUUGUGGUGGUUAAGGUGUUAGAUAAACAAUAUCAGAUGAACAAAUCCAAAGCGCAAGAAUCCAUGCCAAGAAUCAUACCAGUGCGUCUUAAUGGCGAGAAAGGAUCUUGUGGAACGGUCGCCGCGUGGGAGGGAAGUGCGGUUCGAUGUAGGAAGGUGGACCUUACAUCGCCUACAUCUCCCCCCGCAACAACGCCCGCAGUGCAUCCUGCCCCAGGCGCUCCCACACAUCUGGUCGGCGUUGAGAGAAGACAAAGCAUAUUACAGGUUGCUUGGCUAGACGCUGAUACAGGUCAAGAAAGAGUGCUGUGGCGUGAAAUCGAUAAGUUAUCCAGGGUUGUAUUUCCAGCGCUAUUUCUUCUUUUCGUCACGAUGUACUGGCCGGUUCUUCUGCUGAAAACUAAAGCUUCAUCAUAACAUUAUAUACCUGUUUACAAGGGCGUCAGGUGGUGGCAUGAAUAAAAAGAGAUAUCUAUUAUAAUAAAAAAUAUCGGAAGAAGUAAAGAGAGAAAAAUAUUAGAUAGAAUAGAAAAUAAAUCAUUUCAAUGAUAGCUAGCAAAUGUUACGUAUAGAUAAAUAUCUUCUUCUCACUU